AUGUGCGCUUGCGACGCGCUGCUCGGCUUUGGCGGCAGUGCACAGGGGGAUAUGGACAGCGCCGGUUGCUUGCCGCCCAAAACCAUCGACAGCAGCGACAGCGACAGCGCCGCCAGCAGCCUGGGCGGUGGCAGCAGCACAGAAGAUGUUGACCCCGGCGCCGCUGCGUCAAGCUGGUGGAGCACGCCCUCGUUCUAUCCCCAGCAGCCACGCCAGCAGGCGCCGACGCGGACCGGCAUGGGCGGCCUG